AGCUUUGAUGUGGAAUGUGUAUUUAUUGUGCAGCAAAAUGAAGCUCUGAUUGAAUAUGCAUACUUUUGAAUGGCAGGUUGUCCCUUGGUAGUGACGCCUGCUGAAAUGGUGGUGAGAUUUGGGGAUCCAGCUUCAGUUAACUGCAGCACAGAUGCAGAUGUUCAACAAAUAGGCUGGGAGGCACCAGUUGGAGCCACGUCAGGUCCAGGUCCUGCUGUCAUCUGGAAAAUUGAAAAACUGGAAGACUGGCAGAUAACACUUUUGUGUUUCAUUAACCUAAAAGAUAAUUACCAGUGUUCUAAGAAGCUAACCAUCACUCUUUAUAAGACUCCAGACAUUGUGUCAGUCUCUGCAUUAAAUGAUGGACCGAUGGUGGAGGGCACAGAGUACCACUUGAAUUGUUCCAUCGUCAAUGUGGCUCCUGUGCAGAAGCUCAAAGUGACGUGGUACCGAGGCAAUGAAACUGUGCACACAGACGUAUUUAAGGAGACCAGUAAGGUCCCAGUAAUUGUGUCCUCUGCCUUAAGAGUCACCCCGGUGGGAGAUUACAACGGAGCACAUUUCACAUGCAAGGCUGAGCUCCAACUUGGACAAAAUGGACCACAGACGGACACUACUGUAACUUCAUCUCCUUACAUUGCUGUUGUGCACUAUAAACCAGUGCUGAAAGCUUGCCCAGCCCGUUACGCUGGUGUGGAGCAUGAGUUCAGUAUGGACAAGCUGCCCUUUCUAGCUGAUGGGAACCCUCCACCCAUUGUGGAGUGGUACUUUGAUGGAUACCUGAUCAAUGCGUCUGAGCCCCUCACCAGGACUCAAUCAGGGAAUUACACAGCUGAAAUUUACAAUAACCUUGGCAGGAGCACCACCUCUGUCGUUAUCACAAUCGAAUAUGGCCCUUUAUUUCACUGUGAACAUCACUACAACGUCAAAGAGAAUGAGAAUGGUCAGCUCCCGUGUGAACCAGAGGGUAUUCCCAAACCUACCAUCACCUGGCAUAAAGAUGGAAAUGAGAUUGAGUCUCCACAGCGCUGGACAAAGCACGAUAGUGGAAGUUACUCACUUUUUGCAACCAACAAACAUGGAACAGCCCAUCACCUUCUACGUCUUGAAGUUUUGUAUGCCCCUGUGUUCAAGGAGGGAACGUCCAAGAAGGAGGUGUACCUCGGUGAAAAUGUGACUAUUGACUGCAGUGCUGAGGGCAACCCUGUCCCUGAGAUCCUUUGGACCUUCAGCUCUGCAGUGAAUGUGAAAAACAUCACCAGGAGGCGCCAGAAGAACAUCCACAUCAUAGGAGCCACGUCAACCCACGCUGGUGUUUACAGCUGUUAUGGCAUCAAUGAAGUUGGGAGAGUGACCAAAUCUGUGACGCUGACGAUGAAAGAUAAAACCAGUGAAGUCUCCUCAACAGCCAAAUGGUGGCUAAUUAUAUUCAUUGCCAUCCUCAUCAUCCUCAUCCUCAUCCUCAUCCUGACCUGCGUCCACAAACAAUGCAAAAAACAUGGACAAUAUAGUUUUGUCACUGACAAAGCCAAUGAUGGUUCAGACAUCCCAAUGACUCAGUCUAAUGGGGUGCACGCUUAGGGUAUUACUUGCUGUAUGGGUAAGACUAUUGUGUCAUUUGUCUUUUUGCAUGACAAGAAUGACCUGUAAAUAUAGUAUUUUAACUUUGGUAUGGUACGUUUCUAGGUUCACACCAAUGAAGACCGAUGUCAAAAUUAUUAAUAACGAGAAGUCUUGUUUGCCAAAAAGUGCCACUGACAAAGCGUAUUAACAUGAUUUCUUUCUUUGUGGGGCAUUCAAUUCUAACCUAGGUUUUUAUUUAAAAAAUCUUAAUUAAGUUACACAAUAGCCUAUUAUGUGUUGUGUGCGUAUUUGUAACCUUCAUUGCUUUUUGUAUAUACAAUGAUUGUCUUUAUGAUUUCACAUUUGUAUGCUUUCACAAUGCAGCUUUGAUUAUUAUCAAUGCCAGAGUUUACAGUUGAAUCCUAAGUAGACAUUUUACAAUAUCAUUGUACUGU